UUUUUAUUUCCCUUUCCAAAUCUAAACUCAUAUUUAAGUUUCAACAUUAGCAAUUUCCAUUCCACGACUUUUUAUAACUUCACGUCUUCACCCCAUGAUCCCAAUCUCCAACCUCAUUUGCCUCUUGCCAAACACACCUUCUUUCUUACACUAAACUUCUGUUUGGUUUCAGGAACCCAAAUUUAUCUUCCUACCUUCUCUGUUCUUCAUCUUCCUCCAUUUUCUCAUAGCGGCACCGAUUUUCUGCGCAGGAGUUCAUAAAGCUUAAGCAUUCUCUGCUGUUUCUUACAAAGAAACAAUCCAGGGAAUGCUGAAAGAUGUGGCAGCCUGUUGAGGGCCCUUUUGUUCAACUUGAUGAGGCUAGGAUUUUGCCUAUCCUCGCAUGGUCCACAUUUGAUGACUGUAAACAUCAUAAUCUCUGCCUUAUGACUCAAUGGAUCAUCUGUAAUAGAAUGCUUUCUGCAUUCGCGUACGAUCACGGUGAGGAUGGUUAAUCAAUUGUUUCUGUUCUAGCUCUCCUGCUUGUGUAAAUAUUAUACUGUGUGUAUUUGGCUGGAGAUUAGUUUGUUAAGUGUUAAGCCUCGUAGAUAUAUUGAUUGUAUGUCAUGGAGAGUCAUAAAUCGGGUUUGUUGAUGCAAAGGUACGAGUUGGGAAGAUUACUCGGCCAAGGUACCUUUGCGAAGGUUUAUUUUGCUAGGAGUAUUCAAACUGGUCAGAGUGUUGCCAUUAAAGUGAUAGACAAAGAAAAGGUUUUAAGAGUAGGGCUUAUGGAUCAAAUUAAGAGGGAGAUUUCUGUUAUGGGUAUGGUUAGACAUCCGAAUAUUAUACAUCUCCAUGAAGUGAUGGCUAGCAAGACUAAGAUUUACUUUGUGAUGGAACAUGCUAAAGGUGGUGAACUUUUUGAUAAGCUGACGAAAGGACGGUUAAAGGAGGAUGUUGCUCAGAAGUAUUUCAGACAGUUGAUAAAUGCUGUUGAUUUCUGCCAUAGUCGGGGAGUUUAUCAUCGCGAUCUGAAACCUGAAAACUUGCUGCUGGAUGAAAAUGAGAAUUUGAAGGUUUCGGAUUUUGGGUUGAGUGCUUUAGCUGAUUCAAACCGGCAAGACGGUUUGCUACAUACAACUUGUGGGACCCCUGCAUAUGUUGCUCCCGAAGUCAUCAACAGGAAAGGCUAUGAUGGGGCCAAAGCUGAUGUUUGGUCUUGUGGGGUUGUUUUAUUUGUUCUCUUAGCUGGAUAUCUGCCAUUUCAUGAUUCUAAUCUGAUGGAGAUGUAUCGAAAGAUUGGUAAAGCAGAAUAUAAAUUUCCAAGUUGGUUUCCUAAGGAUGCACGUCGUUUGAUAGGAAAGAUCUUGGACCCAAACCCUGAUACACGAAUCACAAUUGCUAAAAUUAAGGAGAGUUCUUGGUUUAGGAAGGACUUAUCCCCUAAAACUGUCCAAUCUGAACCAGAAAUCAGAAAUGUUUCUGAUGUGGAUUCCAACGGUGAUCCAGGUCCGUCUAGAAGUAACGCUAUCAACGAGGAUUCCAGGCAUGAGCAGAUCAAACCUGCAGAGUUGAAUGCAUUCGAUAUCAUAUCCCUUUCAUGUGGUUUUGAUCUGUCUGGCUUAUUUGAAGACUGUGAUCAUAAGAAAGAAGCAAGAUUUACUUCUCGGGAAUCUGCUUCUGUCAUAAUCUCUAGGCUUAUCGAAACUGCUAAGAGUUUAAGGUUGAAAGUAAGAAGGAUGGACAAAGGGUUACUAAAGUUUGAGGGCACUACUGAAGGAAGGAAAGGGGCACUUUCAAUUGAUGCCGAAAUAUUUGAGGUCACCCCAGAACUCUAUCUGGUGGAGAUGAGGAAAGCCUAUGGAGAUACUCUAGAAUAUCAGAAAAUGCUCAAGGAAGAUGUAAGGCCUGCUCUAAAAGAUAUUGUUUGGGCAUGGCAAGGGGAACAGCAACAGCAACAGCCAUUGCUUGUGCAAAAUCCGCAGCAGCAGCAGCAGCCAGUCGAAAGUGAGCAGCAAUGUUAGCAGUAGCUGUGAUGGUGGAACUACUUGAACCGCAAAUUUAGUCGCUUUUAGUCUCAUGAUCUUCAAGUGCUCAUCGACAUUUAACUUGAUAUUCGUUUCCAUCCGGAGCUCAAAUGAUUUCUUUGCCAUCUUAAUUUUUUUAUUGACUUUGCAUAGCUUUACAAGGUCAGAGUUUGUUUAUUUAUUAUAGUAUAUGGAUAUAGAACAUAAAUGUAUAUUUGAUAAAUUCAUGUCUAUACUAUUGGAGUGCUUUAAACAGAAA